CACACAGUGAGAUUUGUGCUGAUGGCAGAAGGCAAAUCCAACUGGGCUGAUUACUGAUUAAAAGGAAUUAUGAGAGAGGUCACAGCUUAGCCUGUGGCAGACCCUUACACAAAUGUCCACUUUUAUGAACAAACAAUGCAUUCAUAUUGUUGGACAAAAACUGAGGACAUCUGAUGGAAAUACAGGGACUAAUCAACUUUAAUGAAGUGAAAUAUCAUAGACAUGAAUGCCGUAGACAUGAACUGGUGAGUAAUACCUCUUUAAUACAAUCCCUAUUCAAGGAUCAUCCUUACUCACCAAGUCUGAAUGAGGACAAGCCUGCGUAUGUUUGUCCAGGUGAACUUUGUUUUGCCUGCUAUUUUGAGCCUUUAAUAUCGUGACCAUGAAUAUUUUUAGAAUUAUCACUUUAUAUGGCUGCAAAUAUUUGGAUUUGACAUUUGGAGAGUAUUUACAAUACUUUUAUGGAAAUGUAUGUAAAUAGUAAUGAUGUGCUGAUCCGAAAUCGGAAGAUUGCUGAAUCUGGUAUAGCGUAAUAUAUUGCAAUUAAUACAGUUACCAUAGUAUCAAUGAUAAUUUCACCAAGUCAGAUUUAUGUUAUACAGUUUUGCAUCUCUAUGUAAUGUUCUGGUUUUGCUCAGUGUACCUACUGUGUUGCUUUUUUCCUCAGGUGUACAUUUGCAAAAAUAUUUGGAGUGGAAAAUAUUUCACUAUUUUUCGAAAUCACCACCAAUGGCCUCUUCAACCACUUUGAUAAACCUGUGAAUUAAAUGGCCUUGUUAAGCUCAGCUGACCAAUUUAUUUUGCCUUUUUAUCACAAUCUGUUCAUCUCACAAUUAAAAUCCUUAAAAUGAAUUUGCUACAUUCUUACAGUUUGAACAUAGCUACUAAAUAACACUAAGUUAGGGCAUAAAGCUGAUGGUUAAGAAGAAUAAGUCCUAUUAUGCGCUUGUCUAUUCUUCAAAUACCAACCGUAUAUGCUUCUAUGAAACUAAGGCAAUUACCACGGAUCUAAUAUGGCUGUGUUACCAGUGAGGUUCACUAAAACCAAGAGGGACAAACUGGCUCAGGUUCUGUGGGUGCUGAACUGGGUUUCUGUGGUAACAGGGAUCAUCCUCUUUAGUUUGGGAAUCUUUCUGAAAGUGGAGAUUAACAAACGGCAGGACCUAAUGACCGAACGUCAGCUUCAGUCUGUGCCAAACAUGUUAAUUGCAGUGGGAUUGAUAGCUUGUGGAAUCAACUUUUUAGGAGGAAAGAUCUGCUAUGACUGUGUGGACACUAGCAAGUUCUUGCGUUGGAAGCUUGUCAUGCUUCCAUACAUCAUUUGUACGUUUUUCUUCACUCUGAGUGUCCUCGUGGGCGCCCUGAUGUGCUACAGCUUGCACGGACAGCUGGAAGAGUCACUCAUGCUGGGGCUACGUGAUGCUAUGCGGUACUACAAGGACACGGACACACCCGGACGCUGCUUCUUAAAACGCACUGUCGAUCUCCUGCAGAUCCAGUUCCAAUGCUGUGGGAAUGAGGGCCACAGAGACUGGUUUCAGAUCCAGUGGGUCAGCAACCGGUACCUAGACAUGUCUCGACGGGAAGUGGUGGACCGCCUUCGCAGCAAUGUGGAGGGCAAAUAUCUAAUGGACGCAGUUCCUUUCAGCUGCUGCAAUGUCAACUCUCCUCGUCCAUGCAUUCAGUAUCAAAUCACCAAUAACUCGGCCCACUUUAAUUACGAGUACCAGACAGAGGAGCUCAACCUGUGGAUGAGAGGCUGUCGACAAGCUCUGCUAGAGUACUACACAAACAUCAUGCAUUCAAUUGGCCUUACUGUUCUUAUUAUCUGGCUGUUUGAGCUCUCUGUCCUUACGGGGGUCCGGUACCUCCAGACGGCCCUGGAGAACGUGGUGCGUCAAGGUGACCCCGAAAGUGACUCUGACGGGUGGCUCCUCGAGAGCAGCUUGGUGGAGACGGCUCGCUCUAAUUUCAGCAUUAUCAAAAACCUGGGCAAGUUUAACCAAAUCAACACAGCCAGCAAUGGAGAUCCAAACAUUGACAGACCAUCUACAGCACACUAUGGUCCAGACAAUGUGCCUCCAAAGCCUAUUCCAAUAGCCAGUUAGCCUUUGGCCAUAUUGUUCAUUCUGAUGACCGUUUUAAAUGUUACAUACAUAAGCAAACAAACAAACAAAAAUACAGAGAACUUUAUGCUAUAUGACUUGAAGGGACAUAUCAUGAAAAUCUGACUUUUUCCAUGUUUAAGUGCUAGAAAUGGGUCCCCGGUGCUUCUAUCAACCUAGAAAAUGUGAAAAGAUCAACCCAGUAACUUUUUAAGUUUUGGUAAACUAUUCUCUGCAAGGAUGUGAAAAAAUAGAUCAUUGAAAUUUGGCUCUUCCUGUGAUGUCAGAAGAUAAUACUGCCCCUUAAUCUGCACUAUCCAACCACAGCACUGCCAUUUAGUGCAGAGAUCAGUUUAUUUGCAUUUAAAGGGACACACCCAAAUGGCACAUUUUUGCUGAAUUCCGUUUCAAUGUGAAAUGAAAAUCAUGAAUUACAUUGUUUUGACAUGCAGAGAAGAGGUUUAUGUCAGUGCAAGCAACAUGGGGCCUUGACAUCUUAAACUGCCUCUUAAUAAAGAUGCAACAGUCUAAUUUAUAUAAAAGUGUUUAGCAAUUGUACCAUGUACUGUAAAUAGUGUGAAUAAGGAUCAAUACAUGUGUUUAGUCCAUAUGGUAAGUAGGUUGGAUUGCAGUGUUAGAAAUUUACAUUUUUUAAGGGCAUUUAGGGAUGUUUAUUACAUUUACAACAGCUUUUUUUCAGUUAGUCCAUUAAUAUCAAACAUUUUUAAUGUUACCAAAUAAAGUUAUUUUUGAAUAAUCAAAUAGUAACUUUCAACUGCAUUCCUGCCUUUUAAAUUCCUGUCCAUAAUGCACUGUGAAGAAACAUUUUCGUGAAAUCAUAUAUAUUCUAUAUACACUCACCUAAAAGAUUAUUAGGAACACCAUACUAAUACUGUGUUUGACCCCCUUUCGCCUUCAGAACUGCCU